UGCCCACCUACCAGCCCAGACACUGGGCACCAACAGGCUCCUCCCCAACUGGGCCCUUAUCAGGAAGCAAUUUGGGUUGGUGGGGAGGGGAAGUCCCAGGCCCCAGGCUGGAGCAAGGUGGGUAGGAGAGAUAGGGAAGUGGGGAGGGGGCCGUGGGGCCCUGCUGGAGGCCAGAGGGUGAAAGGGAUGCCCAGAGCCAGCGGAGGGGGCUUUCGCCCAGUGCUGUCCUUGCUGGCCUGGUCCUCGACAUGGUGCCGGAGCAGCUCCUGCCUUCCACCCUUGCCAGGCAAGACGCCCGCACCUUUAAUUAGCAAGUAGCAGCCUCUCCCCGAUUCAUCACAGUCACUGUUUAAUUAG